GGUUACGGACUCUCCCGUGUGGUUGCCGCUUAACGUCUGUUUGUUGUUAUUAAUAUUCAUAAGACAAGCCUUUACCGUAGUAGGAUUCAUAAUUUGUCCAGCGGUACCGUCCCAAGCGAGUGUCCUCUUAUGGAAGUGCGGUAACACGAGACAAUGAGGCUCCGCAUAUUAUCUUAUGACUGGGAUUGUUCAGAGAGCGACAGGCCAACGCGUUUCACCGGACCGCACGGAAAACACGACUAACAGCCACAGUGAAUGUCAGUAUGAGAUGUCGUCCCUCAGCUCUAGCUUCGUUCAGAUCCGUUUCGAUGACAUCCGCUUCCAUGAGAACUGCGGCGGUGGGAGUUUUGGGAGCGUGUACCGGGCACACUGGAUCUCACAGGACAAAGAAGUGGCUGUCAAAAAACUGCUGAAGAUUGACGCUGAGGCUGAGAUUCUGAGUGUCCUGAGCCACAAAAAUAUUAUUCAGUUCUAUGGAGCCAUUCUGGAAGCACCCAACUAUGGCAUUGUCACAGAAUACGCCAGCAGAGGAUCACUGUAUGAAUAUUUGUCCAGUGCUGACAGUGAGGAGAUGGAUAUGGAUCAAGUAAUGACUUGGGCGAUGGAGAUUGCUAAAGGAAUGCAUUAUUUACAUGCCGAAGCCCCUGUGAAAGUCAUUCAUAGAGACCUGAAGUCAAGAAAUGUUGUUCUAACUGCAGACAAUGUACUAAAGAUCUGUGAUUUUGGAGCAUCAAAGUUGGUUUCUCACACAACGCACAUGUCUCUGGUGGGCACCUUCCCUUGGAUGGCCCCUGAAGUGAUCCAGAGUCUGCCAGUCUCAGAAACAUGUGACACCUACUCAUAUGGCGUGGUAUUGUGGGAGAUGUUGACCAGAGAAGUGCCAUUUAAAGGGUUUGAGGGUUUGCAGGUGGCCUGGUUGGUGGUGGAAAAACAUGAGAGGCCGACCAUUCCCAGCAGCUGCCCCGCCAGCUUUGCAGACCUGAUGAGACGCUGCUGGAUUGCAGAGCCCAAGGAAAGACCACAGUUCAAACAGGUCCUGUGCACCCUAGAGACCAUGAAAAACGACAGCAAACUGCCGGGCCAGUGCAAUUCCUUCUUACAUAACAAAGCAGAGUGGAGGUGUGAGAUAGAGGAGACGCUGGAACGCUUGAAGCAGCUGGAGAGGGAGUUGAGCUGUAAGGAGCAAGAGCUGGCGGAAAGAGAAAGGCGACUGACAGAGUGGGAAAACAGACUUAUGGAAAGAUCCAGAUCCUGCACUCCUCUGUUUUCACAUAUUUCCCCCUUGGCGGCCACUCUCAGUGCCGAGUCCUUCUAUGAGGCUCACAUGGAGGAGAGCAAAAGCUCGGAGGUCAGCUGUCAGAUUUCAUCAACCUGCAGUAAUGGGGAUCUGGGCCAGGCCAGCCUACAGAAGCUCAUGCUGGGGUUCGGGGGCGUCUUUGACCUGGAUAUGAACAUUCCCGGCGGUAACCUCGUCAGCCAAUCAGGGAUGCAGUUGAACAUGCAAGCAAAGAAGAAUUCCUCCAAGUCCUGCAGUGUCCGUGAGGGACGCAAACUAAACAUGGCCAUCACCAUGGACGACUUUGGCUGGUCUGACGAUGACAGCGAUUAGUGGAGGGCAGCUUGGUACAAUAGGGCAGGGUUAGAUGGGGUCAGAGGUCAAAUGUCGAGAGUCAGAUCUAGCAAAAUCAGGAAUUAAUAGUUUAAACUGUAACGAUUCAUCUGAAUAUUUUAAAAGAUUGUUGCACCCAUGUGUGGUAUGUUUCAGUGCAAAAAAAACAUGCAUUACUUGAUCCAGAGCAGAAUAUUACGCUACCCUGUUAGCAGUAGGGCUGCUGUUCUGAAUAUACCAGCUAACCAGCAUAAAUAAAUAGCAAGCGGAUGAAUGAUACUGCGUAACUGGGAAGAUACAGGGUACUGCAUAAAUGCCCAUAAAUGGCAGGAUUUACCAUUGGUAGGAGGGAUUUACCUCUGCCUUCUCUGAGCGAGACAGCAGAUCAUACUGAGAUUUCCCCUGUGAGAUAGUCACAUUUACAGUAUUUAUAAAGUGUGAUGUGAGAUUUAAUGGGAUUUCUGAAGCUGUGUUUUUGUAAAGCUCUGAAGUUUUUAUAAAAUAAAGGAAAUACUGAACAACCUAUGUGAAAUGGGUCAAACUACAAGGGAACAUUUCCAAUAUAUGUUUAAAAAAAUAGCUGUAGAACACACUAUUAUAAUUCACUGUGUUGUUUGUGAUACAGGCAUAAAUUAUACAUCGUAUUAUGUGACAGAUGAUUAAAUAAGUAAAAUUAAUGCUAAAGUAAAUUUCAUUCAGCUGUUGAGCACAAAAGAAGAUAUUCUGAAGGUUAAAAAACCUAACUGUUGAUGGUAGCCAUAGACUUCCAUAUUAUGAAAAGAAAAAAAUAAUUAAUUGGUUAAUGCUACUGUCAACUUUUUGGUUACCAACAUUCUUCAAAAUAUCUUCUUUUGUGCUCAAGAAGAAAGAAACCUACCGAAGUACCUCUUUAGAUGAGCGAACACAUAUUCACUAUCAACUGUGAGGUUUCCCUCAAUAAACUCCUAAUUUGAUGCUAUUUAAUAUUUAGUGAGGUGGCUGUUAAAUUCAGGUAUUGGGUCAGAUUUAGAGAUCUUGGUCAUGGAGAAUAAGGCCUAAUAAGUAAUAAUAAACAGCCAAUAUGAUAGUGACGUGAAUGCUAAUAAGCAACUAGUUAUUAGUGAGAAUUGGACCUUUAAAUGAAGUGUUACCAUUGUAUUAUUUAAUAUAUUCAUUUGAAUAUUUUGUGAAAAUUUGAUUAAUAAAGUCAUCUUGCACACUCUUGAGGGUUCAUAUGCAGUAAAAAGC